CAUUUCCGUCAACAAAUAUGGCCGCGGAAGGAAAGAAGAGACCGAGGCCGUCCUCGACAGACGGUCCAAAGUCAAAGAAGCGACAGAAAAUCGCAAACGCAAAGAAUGCUUCUAUCAAACCACAAAAGCGAGCCUUAGCUGUGGAUGCUCUACCAUGGAACGAAGUAAAAAUGCCGGAGAUGUUUGACGACGCAGAGGGAUUCUUUGGCCUAGAAGAAGUUGAGGGUGUCGAGGUCGUCAAAGAAGGAGGAAAUGUCAAAUUUGUAACUGCUGCAGCACCCAAAUACGAUGACGAAGAAGAGUUCGAAGGCUUUGGUGAUGAUGAACCGGAAUCUACAGCUACCUCAAAUGACGAAAUCAAACCUGCUGAAGUGAGCAAGGCGGAAUCCAAGAAGGAGAAGAAGCCUAAGAAGGAGAAAACGAAAAGGCAAGCCGCGAAAGUGGAUGAGAAGGUACAAUCUUCAGAGGUCUUAUCGAAUGCUUUCAAAGCUUUGGAAGAUGAUGAUGCAGAGGACGGUACCGAUGUUUCAGCAUGGGCUGAAUUGGAUCUCUCUGCCGACACGCUUUCCGCGCUCUCAAAGCUUGGGUUUGCGAAACCGACUCCGAUUCAAGCAGCGGCCAUACCUGAAAUAUUAGCAGGCCAUGAUGUUGUAGGAAAAGCUGCGACAGGCUCUGGCAAGACACUAGCUUUUGGCGUACCUAUGAUUGAGAGCUGGCUUGAACGAUACGGAGACUUGGACGAGGAAGAACAAAAGAAAGCAAGACCACCAACUGGUUUGGUUCUUUCACCUACCCGAGAAUUAGCACAUCAAUUGACCGAGCAUAUGACAGCGUUGUGCAAAGGACUAUCAAUCUCUCCAUUUGUUGCCGCUGUUACUGGCGGGUUGUCAGUUCAAAAACAGCAACGCCAGUUGGCAAAAGCAGAUAUUGUGAUUGGUACACCAGGCCGCCUGUGGGAAGUGAUGAGUUCAAGCACAGAGCUCACAGAUUCCUUCAAGCAGAUCAAGUUCUUAGUCAUUGACGAGGCCGAUCGACUUCUGACUGAAGGACAUUUCAAAGAAGCAGAAGAAAUCAUUGGUGCUUUGGAUCGCCAACAAGACGUGGGUGACGACGAUGAUGCAAAUAUCCCAACUCGACAGACUCUGGUCUUCUCAGCUACGUUUCACAAAGGGCUCCAGCAAAAGCUGGCGGGUAAGGGAAAGCAUGGACUAAUGGACGAUUCUCAAUCAAUGGAGUAUCUUUUGAAGAAGCUCAACUUUCGAGAAGAGAAGCCUAAAUUUGUCGAUGUCAAUCCUAUCUCCCAGAUGGCCGAGAAUCUCAAAGAGGGCAUGAUCGAGUGUGCAGGAACUGAGAAGGACCUAUACUUAUAUGCCCUACUGAUGCAUCACCCAAAUCAGCGCACCUUGAUCUUCACAAAUUCCAUCCACUCUGUCCGACGCCUCACGCCAAUGCUGCAAAAUCUCAAUAUCCCGGCAUUAGCAUUACACUCUCAAAUGAUCCAGAAAGCAAGAAUGAGGUCAAUCGAACGCUUCACAAAAUUCCCUGGUGCAACUCUAGUUGCAACAGAUGUAGCUGCUCGUGGUCUUGAUAUCCCUGGUGUCCAAUUAGUCAUUCACUACCAUCUUCCUCGAGCCGCAGACAUGUAUGUGCAUCGAUCAGGCCGCACAGCCAGAGCCGAAAGCUCAGGAACGAGCAUUCUAAUGUGUGCCCCCGAGGAAGUCGUUGGGACUCGUCGACUUGUUGCCAAAGUCCAUGCACAGAAUGCAGUUGCUGGUGGUGGUAACAAAGCUAAGUAUUAUAUGCGCUCUUUAGAUCUGGACCGCAAAGUUGUGGCGCGUCUAAAGCCUCGAGUCACACUUGCAAAGAAGAUCGCCGAUAGUGUGUUAGCCAAAGAGAAGAAGGGGCAUGAUGAUGAUUGGGUGAAGAAUGCCGCUGAAGAGCUUGGUGUGGACUAUGAUAGCGAAGAAUUCGAAGCUGCCGGUGGCGGAAGGAAAGGCAGAGGCACAGGGAGGAAAUUGAAGGAGAAGGAGUCUAGAGCUAUGUCUAAAAGCGAAGUUGGUGCUCUCAGAGGCGAGUUGAAGAGCUUAUUGUCUCAGAGAGUCAAUGUGGGUGUGAGUGAGCGAUACUUGACUUCUGGGACUGUUGAUAUCAACGAGCUGCUGAAGGGAACGAACGGCGAAUUUCUUGGCAAGGUCGAUGGCAUUACGGGAUUGGAUGAUGUAUAA